GUUCAAUCGCCAUCUACAAUGCCCAAACUAUCUGAGGCUGGAAAGCACGCCCUCGACGAGCUUGUCGCUCAGACUGCAAGGGAAGGCCGGCUUCCAGGAUUUGUCCUUGCCGUCUCCAACGUCGACGAGCAGAUCUAUGCAAACGCUGCUGGUAACAGGGUCUAUGGCGACCCAUCCAGCCCUGCAGUUACCCCUGAAGAUAGUGUGUUCUGGAUCUGCAGUAUGACGAAGCUUCUCGCUGCUCUCGCAGCCCUACAGCUUAUUGAACAGGGUAAACUCGCGUUCGACACCCCUGUCUCCAAGUUCUUCAAAGAGUUCGAAAGCGCGGUAGUUCUACAAGACCCCCAUACCGAUCCUGAUCCAAAGUUCAAGCCUGCUGAAAAAGCCGUCACUGUCAACCAUUUGAUCACCCAUAGCAGCGGCCUUUAUUAUGGAACACUCCCCACCGAUACGUCCGCCAUCCGCCAUCGAUUGCCCAUUGGAUACACAUUCGAGUACGAGGAAGGGGAAGACAAGUACUCGAAAUUCUUCGAACAAGUGAAGGGGAAAUAUCCGGGUAUCCCACUCAUCUUUGAGCCUGGAACAGCCUUCUGCUAUGGCUACAGCUCUGAUGUUCUUGGGUUCAUCGUCGAGAAAGUCAGCGGGCAGUCGUUAGAGGCCUACUCGCAACAGCACAUCUUCGGACCCCUGGGAGUUAAGAACACCUACCACCUCACCGCGGAACUGAGGGAACGUCUGGUUGAAUUAUGCUUCCGCAACCCAGAUGGAAGCAUCUCAGGUUGGGAGGACAGGCUACCUUUGAUUCCGCGCUACCCCAAGCCAGUCGCAAUGAACCUCGGUGGGGUUGGGUCGUAUAGUACUCUCCCCGACUAUUUGGCUAUCCUUCGACACCUGUUGCAAAUUGAAGCUGGUCGAAACCCGCCAAAUGCAAUCUUGAAGCAAGAGACGGUCAAGAGUCUCUUCCAGCCGAAGUUGACCCCUCUUGGAGGUCAAAUGCUCACCGCCAUUGUCGGGUUCUUGGAUCCUUCGAGCGCCCACGACCUCGAUUGGGGCAAUGGUUUCGCAGUGAAUACCGCGGAUUGGGAGGGAAGAAGGAAAGCGGGCUCCGGAUUUUGGUCAGGGUGGGCAGGAACUUGGUACUUCCUCGACCCCAAGACAGGUAUUGCUCUGGUCUUUGGAAGCCAGAUCGUGCCACCUAUGGACGUGGUCACUGCCGAGAUAGCAGAGAAGGCUGAGAGAAUCGUCUAUGCCAACCUCGAAGAUUGAUGUGCGAGCCUGGCUUGUUGAUAGGAUCUCAGGAAGUAUAGGCGGCGACGGUCGAGAGGGAUGUUGUCGAGGGCUCACGCGAGACUCUGGUUCAAUAAGGACGAAGAGAUAGAGAUGGGUGACCAUCAAUCAGGUUAUGGGAUACGGGUUAUGAUGAUAACGAUGGUUGUCGAUCUUGUGUGGUCCAGUGUGGACGCCUGUAAAUCUAUUUUUAAAUCAUUUUGUAGACAGAUCAACUUCUA